AUGUCUGAACAGCCACUUCUCCAGAGCGCCCCAGGCAAACGUAUCGCACUCCCGACGAGAGUGGAACCCAAAGUCUUCUUUGCCAAUGAGAGAACCUUCCUCUCAUGGCUCAACUUUACAGUCAUCCUCGGCGGUCUGGCUGUCGGUCUCCUCAACUUCGGUGAUGCCGUCGGUCGCAUUUCUGCUGGCUUGUUCACGCUGGUAGCCAUGGGGGCUAUGAUAUACGCGCUAUUCACUUUCCAUUGGCGCGCGAAAAGCAUCAGAGUAAGAGGUCAGGGUGGGUUCGACGACAGGAUAGGGCCGACGGUAUUGACUCUUGCUCUUCUCGCUGCCGUGGUGGUCAAUUUUGUCCUCAGGAUGGUCGAAACCUAA